GGAGGCGCUCUAGCUCGGGCGCCCGUGGCGGCGGCGGCGGCGGCAGAGCAGCGGGAUGGAGGAUAGCGAUUGGCGCAGCGCCAACUUCCGGCAGAAGCUGGUCAGCCAGAUCGAAGAGGCCAUGAGGAAGGCUGGCGUGGCUCAUACUAAGACCAGCAAAGAAAUGGAAAACCAUGUUUUCAUGAAGGCCAAAACGCGGGACGAAUAUCUCUCUCUCGUGGCAAGGCUCAUCAUCCAUUUCCGGGACAUUCACAACAAGAAGUCUCUGGCCUCGGUCAGCGACCCAAUGAAUGCGCUGCAGAACCUGACGGGGGGCCCUCCCGCAGGACCAGGGGCCAUGGGGAUGGCUUCCCGUCCUCAGGGAGCCUCCCUGGCCGGUAUGAGUGGGCUCGGGGCCCCCAUGGGACAGCCGAUGAAUCUCCCAGGGCAGCAGCCUCCCGGACCUGCCGGGAUAGCCCCUCACGGCAUCCCCAACCUCCCUGCCGCCAGCCAGCCGACCCAGCUCCAGCUGCAGCAGAUGGCUGCACAGCAGCAGCAGCAGCAGCAGCAGUUCCAGCAGCAGCAGCAACAGGCUGCCCUGCAGCAGCAGCAGCAGCAGUUCCAGGCCCAGCAGUCAGCAAUGCAGCAACAGCAGUUCCAGGCCCAGGUGCAGCAGCAGCAGCAGCAGCAAGCAGCAGCGGUUGCACAGCAGCAAAUGCAGGUGGUGCAGCAGCAGCAGCAGCAAAUGCUCAAGUUGCAGCUGCAUCAACAAAGCCAGCAACAGAUGCAGCAGCAGCAGCAACUGCAGCGAAUUGCUCAGAUGCAGCAACAGCUGCAGCAGCAGGCUGCUCAGGCGCAGCAACAGCAGCAGCAGCAGCAGCAGCAGCCACCGCCACCUCAGCCGCCACCCCCGCAACCGAUGCAGCAGCAGGUGGCCCAGGCCCCGUCCCAGUCGCUUCCUCCCCAGCCCAUGGUCUCCCAGGCCCAGACUGUUCCGGGACAGAUUCCUGCCCAGGUCAUGUCUAUGGCCAUCCUGCCCCAGCAGAUAAAAGCCAUGCAGGUCAGAGCUUUGCAGCAGCACCAACAACAACAACAGCAGCAGCAGCAGCAGCAGCAACAACAGCAACAACAGCAGCAGCAGCAGCAGCAGCAGCAGCAGCAACAGGUGGCUUCCCAGGUCCAGGCUGCCCAGAUGGGAGCAUCCAGCCAGAUGAUCACCGCAAGUAUGGCCCGAGGUGGGAUGCCAAUAAGACCACGGUUCCCGCCCACCACCGCUGUCUCUGCCACGCCUCCAAGCACCAUGCCUUUGGGUGGACCACAAAUGCCUCAGGUCAGCCAGAGCAGCAUCACCAUGAUGUCUUCCCCGUCUCCGGUCCAGCAAGCCCCGACACCCCAGCCGAUGCCCCCCCCGCCUCAGCCACAGCCUUCUCCUCAGCCCGGGCAGCCCAACUCCCAACCCAACUCCAAUGUCAGUUCCGGGCCAGCCCCGUCUCCCAGCAGCUUCCUUCCCAGUCCGUCUCCGCAGCCUUCACAGAGCCCGGCAGCUGCCCGCACACCGCAGAACUUCAGCGUCCCAUCUCCGGGGCCGCUCAACACACCAGGCAACCCCAGCUCUGUCAUGAGCCCGGCCAGCUCCAGCCAGUCCGAGGAGCAGCAGUACUUGGAGAAGCUCAAGCAGCUGUCCAAAUACAUCGAGCCUCUGCGCAGGAUGAUCAACAAGAUUGACAAAAACGAAGACAGGAAGAAGGACCUGAGCAAGAUGAAGAGUCUGCUGGACAUUCUGACGGAUCCUAAGAAGCGCUGCCCUCUGAAAACGUUGCAGAAAUGCGAAAUUGCUCUGGAGAAGCUCAAGAACGACAUGGCCGUGCCCACCCCUCCUCCCCCUGCAGUGCCUCCCACAAAGCAGCAGUACUUGUGCCAACCAUUGCUGGAUGCUGUCCUUGCCAAUAUCCGCUCACCGGUCUUCAAUCAUUCCCUCUAUCGGACUUUCAUGCCGGCCGUGACCGCCAUCCAUGGCCCCCCAAUCAUGACCCCGGUGCCUUCCCCCCGGAAGCGGAAGUACGAGGACGACGAGCGGCAGACCAUCCCCAAUGUGCUGCAAGGGGAGGUGGCCAGGUUGAACCCCAAGUUCCUUGUCAACCUCGACCCCGCCCACUGCAGCAACAACGGCACUGUCCACCUCAUCUGCAAGAUAGAUGACAAGAACCUUCCGAGCGUCCCUCCACUGCAGCUCAGCGUGCCGGCCGACUACCCGGAGCAGAGCCCCCUCUGGAUCGACAACCCCCAGCAAUACGAGGCAAACCCUUUCCUGCAGUCGGUGUAUCGCUACAUGAUGUCCAAAUUGUUGCAGCUGCCGGACAAGCACUCGGUCACCGCCCUGCUCAACACCUGGGCCCAGAGCAUCCGGCAGGCCUGCUUGUCUGCCGCUUGACCCGCCAGCCUCGCCAGCCAGGCACCAGGGGGAGCAAGAGGAGCUUUUCCUGGGCUCGGAGCUGGCCU